AGUUGUGCAAUCGUGGGAGGGCUACUCUUUUGGCGCAUGCACUCUACCUAGCAAAGAGUCUGCUUAGCGGUCGGUUUACAGAGUCGAGAAAGCUGCCCCGGCGCUUGCAUUGCAUUCGAUCUUCUCGGUUCCCGGCAUGGCUGCUGCUUACAGAUUAGUUUUGGUUCGGCACGGCGAAAGCACCUGGAACCUCGAGAACCGCUUCAGUGGAUGGUACGAUGCAGACCUGAGCCCGGCGGGGCAGGAAGAAGCGCGGCGCGGCGGAGAAGCGCUGAGAGAUGCCGGUUAUGAGUUUGACAUCUGCUUCACAUCUGUGCAGAAGAGGGCAAUCCGCACCCUCUGGACUGUGUUGGAUGUCAUUGAUCAAAUGUGGCUACCUGUAGUGAGGACCUGGCGCCUCAAUGAGAGGCACUAUGGUGGCCUGACAGGCCUUAACAAGGCUGAGACAGCUGCUAAACAUGGUGAGGCCCAAGUGAAGAUCUGGAGGCGUUCCUAUGACAUUCCACCACCACCAAUGGAGUCUGAUCACCCCUUCUACAAGGCCAUCAGCAAGGAUCGUCGCUAUGCUGACCUCACUGAAGAUCAGUUGCCUACAUGCGAGAGCCUGAAAGAUACCAUUGCUCGAGCCUUACCCUUCUGGAAUGAGGAAAUUGUUCCCCAGAUCAAGGAAGGCAAGCGAGUGCUCAUUGCUGCCCAUGGCAACAGUCUCCGUGGCAUUGUUAAGCAUCUAGAAGGAAUGUCUGAGGCAGCAAUCAUGGAACUCAAUCUGCCCACCGGAAUCCCCAUAGUCUAUGAGCUGGACAAAAACCUGAAGCCCAUUAAGCCCAUGCAGUUCCUGGGAGAUGAGGAGACUGUCCGCAAGGCCAUGGAAGCUGUGGCAGCCCAGGGCAAAGUCAAGAAGUGAGAGCAAGGGCAAGUAAUCAGUAGAAGAUCCCCUCCCUCAUCCCUUUCCUUCCCAGCACAUGCCUGCCACAGCCUGAAGGAUUGGGCUGAAGAGCCAAAGGAGGUGAAGCUUCCUGGAGCCAUGUUCUUUCCUUCAAGAUCAAUUUCCUUCCACAUUCACUUUUCCCCAGCAGGAUCUUGCUAGAUAUCCUAGGGAUGUGGACCACAGUCCAGCAGAGGGUUCUGUAAGAUUAGCAAACCCUAGUGCAAUGGAAUGUGAUGCUGCUGAAGUGAAAGGGAAAUCCUCAAGCAUUCCGAAAAGAGAGCUUCUCCUAACUUCAUUCCAUUUCACACGGCAGUUGUAGUUGUAGUCAAUCAAGUAUUGUUUGAUUUGGUUUGGCCGUUCAGGAUUGUGACUAAGUCUAGGGGUACUUCAGACAGCACAACAAGGAUGCAAGGACCAUUCAUUUUUUAUGGAUCUGUUUAAAGAGAGCAUGUUGUUUUGCUAACAGGCCUUUUUUUUUAGUUUUCCCUGGAGCUAUGUUCGAUUCUGAGUUAGAUAACGAUAGCCAACUUUUAUUUCAUUGCCUUCAAAAUAAUAGGAGGAAGGGGUAAGGCUAAGGAAAAGAGAAGGGGACAGCACCCAUCCUGGAGUCUCCAGCUGCUAUCCCAUAACCGUGCUGUGUAGUGCCAGUAAGCCCAGAUACUAUGUAUCAUCAUGUGUUGCUUUUCUGCCCCACAAUCAGUGUGGUAUCCCUGCCUGACCAGGUCAGGUUUACACUGGAGCUCACUUCACUGUUCAAUGGCUGCAUUUGCCCUAGUCUCAGUAAAAUAAAGGAAUUAUGUGCAAUA